AAUGUCCCAAAUUUCCCCACAACUACAUAAAGAAAACAUCCAAAAAGCCCCAUACAACUCUCUUUCCUUUGUACCAUUUUCAGUGAAAGAAAACCAUGUCCUUCAUUAUUGCUCUCCUCUCCCUCCUCCUCCGCCUCACCUCCGCCGCAUCUCCGCCCUCCCUCCGGCCAGGUUUCUACUCGGAAAGCUGCCCGGAAGCGGAAUCCGUCGUAAGGGAAGUCCUCCGGCAAGCCAUGGCCAGAGAAACAAGAAGCGCUGCCUCUGUCAUGCGGUUGCAGUUCCAUGAUUGCUUAGUUAAUGGUUGUGAUGGUUCGUUGUUGCUGGAUGACACGGCGGAGAUGGUGGGGGAGAAAUUAGCAUUGUCGAACAUAAAUUCGUUGAGAUCAUAUGAAGUUGUCGACGAAAUUAAGGAAGCUUUGGAGAUUGUGUGUCCGAAUGUUGUCUCUUGUGCUGAUAUUUUAAUCAUUGCUGCUAGAGAUGCUGUUCUUCUGAGUGGAGGACCAAAUUGGGAAGUGAAAUUAGGGAGGAAAGACAGCCUAACAGCCAGCCAAGAAGCUUCAAACGACAUAAUGCCGAGCCCACGAGCCAAUGCAAGUUCCUUAAUUACCCUCUUCGCCAAAUUCAACCUCACCGUCAAAGACUUGGUCGCCCUCUCCGGGUCCCACUCCAUCGGAAAAGCAAGGUGCUUCUCCAUAGUCUUCCGGCUCUACAACCAAUCGGGCACGGGCCGGCCCGACCCAUCGAUCGACCCGGAUUACCGCGAGAAGCUAGACGGGUUAUGCCCGCUCGGCGGCGACGAAGAAGUCACCGGAGAUCUAGAUUCUACGCCGGAGAUAUUCGAUAAUCGGUAUUUCAAGGACUUGGUUAAUGGGAGGGGGUUUUUGAACUCGGACGAGACUUUGUUCACGUUUGAUGAGACUAGGGUUUACGUGAAGAUGUUUAGUGAGAGUGAGAGCGAGUUUUUCAAAGCGUUUGUUGAGGGGAUGAUUAAGUUGGGGGAUCUGCAGUCGGGGUUUCCCGGCGAGAUUAGGAGGAGUUGUAGGGCGGUGAACGGGCGGCCGGUGGAGGAGGUGUUGGUGGCGACAAAGCGGUGAGAAAUAUUUUGUUGGGGUUGAUCAAUUGUUAUUGGAGGCAUAUUGUGAAUUUAUUUACCUAAGAGAAGAUUUGUGUGAACAAAGAUUGUUGGCAUUUGCAUUUAUUCUCAAGUUUGAUGAUCUAAACUUAUGUUGCAAAUCAAUCUUAAAAAUUACAAAAUGGCCCAAAAGUUGUAAUCAAAAUGUAUCAAAUCAAUCCAAUCGACAUUUCCCAGACGAGGCGCAUAUGUAUUACUGUCACUCGGAUCGAAACAAAGUUCAAUAACAAAAUGUAUACAUAUAAAGCUAAAGAACAUCAAUUAAAACAAAUAACAUCCCAAAAUUUUCAUACAAAAAAACAACAGCAAAAGAAAGAACAAUUCAAUUCAACGAACAUAUUCGAAA